AUGUUAUUGCCUGAAAGGGUUGCCAACUAUCGUUGUCUAAAUACAACACCGCCUGAAUUGUGUGCAGUGGUCGCACCUGGUAUAAAUCUAUUAACCCCGGCACAUUUGGAUACAACAUUAAAACAAAGUGAAUCAAAAACUAAAGUGGAAAAAGAUGAAAACCCACAAAUCCAACCUCAACAAAUAGUUUCGUUGGGCUCCCCACUACCACAAGCCUUGGCACCCACACAAUCAUAUUUUGUUCUAAAUAGUGCAUUUUAUGAUUCGCCAUUAACCCGUUAUGCCUAUACGACCAGUAAUCAAUUUGUACCUGGAUUUUUUCAAAAUCCUUCUAUUGAAACCAUUGAGCCUACCAUAAAACCCAAACACCGUGAAGCAGAACCAACAACGAAAAAACCUAAAACUGUAACAAAAUCGAAACCGCCUAAAUUACAAGUGAAAUCCGUAACCACCACCAAUAACAACAACAAUGGAAAGGCCGACUUUCUAAAUGACAAACCCCUAUUGGAAGCUGUUAAAAAGAUUAAUCCCCAAUUUAUUGUUGAAGAUAUAAUGCCAGUACCAGGUCGUCAUGUAUAUUCCUCAAUUGGCAUGGAACUUGUGGGAUAUAGCAAACAGAAACCGAUUAAUAAAAAACCAAAAACUAAAUUGAAGACGAAAAAAUCCCAAGUAAAAGUUGAGGCCAUUAGCCGAACAGCGACAACGGGAAACGUACCACAAAUUCCAUUUGGUACAUAUUUUUUGCCAUAUUUUUCACAACUUCAACAACAAUACGAAAAACAACUGCAGCAGCAACAACAACAACAGCAAGGACAACGGAAAAGUAAACAACUACAAAAGCCAGCUCUGAAAACGGCGUCUUUGAUUUUGGAACCCCAUUCCAAGGCAAUUGUUGGUAAUGGUGGUACCGCCAUAUCAGCGCCCAUUUCUAGGGCCGUUCUGAAACGUGGCGUACCUACAAAUGUUUAUUUCAAUCCCGAAUCUGUGGCCAUAGCUGGUGUUGGUGGUAAGGCGCAUGCCCAAGCCGAUUUGGAAUUGGAUUUAAUCAAUUAA